CUGCUCGGCCGUCAGUAUGAUUCGGUCAUGUGUAAAUUUAUUUUUUACUUCAGUGGUCGACAUAUAUCGCUGGUAAAAGAGAGUUUACCUUCGUUACAUUCAAAGGUAAAUAUUGAUGCUCAUUGUUACGUUAAAGUCUAGUUUUACAAUGGUGAAGCCUUGUUUACAUUCGCUUUCAUUUGCAUUGUUUAUAUCAUGUGCUAACUUUUAGCAAUUUAUGUAGAAAUAGCUUAAGUUUUUCGUUGUUUUUCAUCGGCGCCAGUUUCAUAUUUGGCACAUGUUUACAGAUCUAACAAAUAUUCUAUCGGGUAUUGCGAAACAACACUUGUUCUGCGCGCAAUAAAUAUCUGCUUUACCACAAAUUUCCAUAUCAAUUGUCUAACAAAUGUUUUGGUUAUAUGAUAUUCCAAAUUUUCCAUUGUGAAUGUUUUUGUAGCCUUUUGGUCUACUGUUUUAGAGACAAAAUGAGUUCAUACUCGUUAGACUUUUUUCAAACCUGAACUUUGGCAGGUGAUCGACAGUUAUAAAUAUUUAAUGUUUGUUAAAAACAUAUCUAAUCCUUGCAUUCUUAUUCCCAGUUUUGAUAGAUUAGUCAGUUUAGCUAAAUACACAACAACAAAAAAAAUGAAAAAAACAAAAACACCAAAAAAAAUAAUUCUCAAAAAUAAAAAUAAAACAAAAUUGAUUGAGCAAGCUUUAGUUCAAGGAUAGCCCAAAUGCCAAGUUGGCAGGCCUAGUUACUUGAGCAAGAAUCUUUGCAUUUGUCUUCCAAACAUUUCCAAUUUGCCUGGCAUACACAAUUUCUUUUCAAGAUCGAGUCUUCUAUUUGGAAUGAAGAAUGUGAAUUCAGUUAGAUAUUCAUAUUUUGCUCAUCCAAUUGGGUGUUAUUAUUUUUCACAAACCUGGGUGAUUGGUGAUUCAGACCCUUCCUUAUAUUGUUUGGCAGAGGUGACAACAAUGAGUUGCUUCAAUACAUAAGCACUUGAACAAACCUUCAAUUUACAGGCUAAGGAAUUGUACAUUUCCAUGGAAAUACAUGCAGUAUUCUGCUAUAACUCUGAAUUAAAGCUGGAUUAAUAUAUUUUUUCCCUGGUUGUAGGGUUGGAAUCAAGAUAUUUCAGUGUAAGAUUUAUAUUUUAGACCCUGUGAAUUGGGUGUCUCGAGACUUCAUCUCCAAAAACUACAUGGAACACAGUCAUUUUUGCAGAUGAGAUGCUCAUUUUAAGAAUUACUUAUACUUUACUCUUCAUUACAUUCAACUUGGCCAACAAUGGAGUGUCAGGUAAAAAUGCAAUAUUUAUGUAUUUGUAUAGAUAAAAACACGAGUUUGAGUGCAAUUUGGUGUUAAUAAGCACAAGUAAAUUUUUGGAAGACAACAAAAUUGCAUGAGCCCAUAGGAAGAGAACAAUUUGUAGUCUUUGAAAAGUUCACCAGUGCUUAAAUGUAUUUACAGGAAAUUACAUGAGAAAUCAUGUUAUUACUUAUUAAUAAUUUACAAUAAGAAAGCAUCACAAAAAGUCAAGACAGGCAAAGUUUUAACAGUGUGCAUGCUAUUUGUAAUAUGGCUCUGUGUGACAAUUUUGCACUUGUUUUACAAUUUUGCAUUCCUGUUGCAUGAAAAAUGCACUUGUUUUCAGCCAAUCAGAAGCAGCCACCAAAUAAUGACUAAAGAAACGUUGAGCUUGGAGCCUUAAUAAACUUCAUAGCAUGACAUUUCCCUUUAAAAUACAGAACUAUCUCAAAAGGAAAAUAAUUAGCAGGCCCCUGAAUUUUCUUUUAACAUUGUUAAUUGUUAUUUAACAGGUCUUAAAUGUAAUUGUAUUGCUUUAUAACCAAUGCUUUUAUUUUCCUAGACCCCUCAGCUCCACACUUCAUCAGAGAGUCAAUGUAUCAUACUAUGACCAUGUAUGCCAAGGUUGGAGAUGAUGUUGAACUUGAUUGUUUGUCAGAUGGCAAUCCACAUCCAGAUAUAUCCUGGUACAAAUACAAUGUUCCCCUUUUGGAGAUAACUUAUCGCAAAUUAGAGGACACAUUUAUAAAGUCUGGGAAGUUGCUUUUAAGUGACCUUCUGCUUGCAGAUGCAGGAAACUAUUCUUGCCAUGUGAAUAAUUCCUUGGGCCUGAUUAAUAGGACAUUCAUACUACGCAUUUAUGGUGAGUUAGAGUAUAAUACAGUUAAAAGUUAUAGAAGCUGAAUUUCAUUUCUUUGCAGUUUUGUUGUUUUUCUUUGAACACUUUGGCAAGAUGCAUCACUUUUCAGUUCAGUCAGAGUGUUGUAAGAUGCAAAGGGAAAGAGGGAGCCAGGUUUACAUUACUCAUAUGGAAACCACUGGAUAAAUUCUGACUGAUCUUUUACAGUCUUUAAUUGUGAGAAAUAAUUUCAAAAUUAUAAUUGUGGAUAUAUGAAAAUCAUAUAUGUGCACUGUGGUGAAGAAACGAAUAUGAGAUCCUUGCAGCUAUGAACACUACUGAACUAGUAGUUGAAAUAAGACCUAAAAAAAUUUUUUUCAGGCCCGAUACCGGUGCAGCGCUCUACCAACUGAGCUAACAAGCCAACUGGGAGCUGGUCAUUAUGUUGGGUUCAAAUAAACCAUCCAAGUGAUGAAUAAUUAUUGUGGAUACAUGAAAAUCUCAUAUUCGUUUCUUCACCGCAGUGCACAUAUGAGUUUCAUAUAUCCACUAUCAUUAUUCAUCACUUGGAUGGUUUAUUUGGACCCAACAUAAUGACCAGCUCCCAGUUGGCUUGUCAGCUCAGUGGGUAGAGUGCUGCACCAGUAUUGCAGAGGUUAUGGGUUCAAAUCCUGUAUGGGCCUGAAAAUUUUUUUCAGGUAUUAUUUCAACUACUAGUUCAGUAGUGUUCAUACCUGUGAGGAUCUAGUUUCAAAAUUGUAACUGCCUGUGAAUUCCACUGAUUUGUUUGUUUUUGUUCUAUUUUUUGUUGUCUUGUUUUUUUUGUUUUUGUUUUUGUUUGUUUGUUGUUUAUUUUCUUUUUUUUGGAGGGGGGGGGGUGCCAGAGCUGCUGCCUGACCUAGCUACUCCAGGUGCUGGCAAAUUAAAUUUUUCUUCUCACGUUUUUCUUUAAUUUUCAAUGUUUAAUCCAAGAUCUUAGUCCUGCUACCAAUAACGUUUUACUGAUACCGCGCAUAAUGGCAUUAUCAACAUUUUAACGUCUUAUCAACGUUUUAACGUCUCUCUUAAAUAGAGUCUUCAAAUGGCAAACCUAUUAUCCUCAAGUCACUACUGACGAACAACACAGCAGUGCUAGGAGGUGAAGCAAGAUUCCUUUGUCAAGUGACCAGUGACUCAGUUACGUAUGUCAGAUGGCACUUCAAGAGACAUCAUGCAAAAAGCAAUGCUUUUGACAAUAAAACAACAACUAUUAUUGAGAUAACCAGCAUUGCACCAGUUAAAAUUUUGACUACCUUGGGCCCGAAUACAUUAAAUGGUGACCUUUUCAAAGUGAAUGCAGAGGUUUUUGUUCAGAAUGUAUCAUUUCAUGAUGAAGGCGAAUAUAUUUGUGAGGCAUUCAAUCAACUUGGUAGCGUGAGUUGGAGUGCAUUCUUAAUAGCAGUCAAAGGUACCUUUUUUUCUUAUUUUUUAUUUUAUUUUAAGAGUAUUCCUCAAAAGUAGAGAACUGCUGUCGUUGACAAUGAUUAACGUUUCGACAACUUAAGAAGGUCGUGACUCCGAUGAUGUCUCGAAACGUCCGUCGCUAUCACCGACAACAGUUCCUUUCAGAGCUACUGUCACUCAAGCGAUCAACAGUAAAUGAAACCAGUGAAACAAGUCAUUGGUUAUAAGGUAUGACUUUUUAGAAUGGGGAUCUGUUGAGGGGCGGAUUCCAGCCUUUUUGCAAAGGUGAUUGCGAAACGCUACAAGUAAUAAAUCUUGUGACAAGAAAGUCGAUUGGCCAAAACCCAAUAAGUUAAGGACUUUCUUUAUACUGAUUCCUAUCAGCUGCGCGACGGUCGAAGUUGAGAAAAAGGGAGCGUCCUUAAACUAACCAAAAUUUUUGUGGUUAUUCAUGAAGGUCCUACUCCAUCAGCUACAGAUCUAGAGACCAGAUAUGAGGCUCUGUUUGGACGCACGCAAGAGUUUCCCUUGGCUGUUAUUGUAGCUAUACCAGUAGCUAUCUUAGUUAUUUUGACAGCCUUGUUUAUUAGAGCACUCGAGCGGGCCAAGCAAAGACAUAGUGAGAGACAAAUCAAGAGGACAGAUGUUAAUAGAAACUUAAGCGUCACAAGUGAGCCUUGGAACCAAAAGAAAACGGCAAAACAGGUAACAACGUUUCUUUGUUAGCAUCGAUAAAGAAGUACGACGUGUAUGUGAAUGUAUUACACAACUGUUUCUCUCGAGGGAUAGUCGAGUACCUCUCAGUAACAAAACGUAGUAUUCUCCUUUUCAGGCGAUAGUCGGUAAAAUGUACCGCCUGUAGUACCUCUCAUUAUCGCCGGAAUCUCUUGGAAUUCUUGAAAGUUCAACUUGUAAAAUGAUCGCUCUACCGGUUUGCAAAUUUCUCUGUCGCGCUUAAACAGGGAAAAACAAGCAACGACGGUGUGAUGCCGCUAAAUAUUCGCCAUGCGUAAAAAGCAAAGUUUCCAUGUGCUAUCUAUUUGCGGAGCCUAAAACGUGAAGUUAUUGAGGUACAUGUUGGUGUCAAACAGGAAUUUCCGUUGGUUCUGAUCAGUUAGUUCUGAAGUUUAAUUCAAGUGGAUUCGAGUUCUUUUUCAAAAAAGAAUUUUACCUCAAUCUAAUACUUAACUCUUUCAUAAUUAACUCCCUGAAGUGAUAAACAUGUAACUUCUCCCGGUAUAUCCAUACAUAAUCUGGUAAACAGGUAAUGAGAAUACUCAAACUUAUCGGGUGGAAGUUGUUAUCUUGAUCUAACGCCAAAUUGUUGUAGCUGAUAUACAUGGAAAAGUAUAGUAACAAGAGUGGAGAAUUAAUAAGCAGAUCCUAUGAGUUAAAAGGUUAAAAGUCUACUUAGAUAGGAUAUGACUGUAAAUGGGUUUACUUGUUCUUUUGGGCUUAGCUCUUAAUCAGUGACUCCCCUCCAUUGACUCUAGACCUUUCAGUUUAUGAGAUAAACCUGAAAUAAAUAAAUGGAAAGGUAUUUGUACAAAGCAAUCCGAGUUGACGGGGGAAAAAAAAAAGCAAAUCACAGUUUAAGCAAGUUUCAGGACACUCUCGGUAAUCCUAAUUUUUUUACUCAUUUUUAGAAAACUGUAAAAGAAAUUAUCAUAACUGCGCCUCGUCAAACUCCAAUUUACACGCGGAAACCCAGCGAAGGUAAAACUGGUCAGCAAAUUACCCAGUUACCCAAAGAUAUGACAAGCCUUGAGGCAUGCUCGGUUCGACGACCUGUUUCCUCUCAAGCCAGUGAUGUAAGCAGUGAGCGAUGCAGUGAUGCGCUGGAACUUGAGUGGGAAGGGAUUGAAUUGGUCAUGGAGGAGGGGUUUGAAAUGAUUAAAUUAUGCAAAGAGGAAGAAGUGUAAACACAUGUGAUCCAUGUGAAAGAGAAUCGACUGAGAAAAAAGAAACAUUGGUCAGAUAUAGUAGAUAGCGGCCAGUUGUUGUCUUCAUCAGCAGAUUUUUGUGAGUAUCUGUGGUGUGCUCUGAGGAUGGCACGUUCUUUCAAAAUUUGAACUAUUUUGAAAUCAGUACAACUUGUAAGUUUUCUUUAAGUAACUGGGUUAUAUUCAAAUGUGACACAUGUUGUGUCAUGAAUAGCUUAAGUAUCCCAAACUCCAUAUCAGUGUUCCGUGGUUUUGCAAGUUUACAAGUUCCGACUGUGAUACUGCGGUACAGUACUGAAAAGAGAUUGAACAAACAAGGAGCUGAUCAAGUAGAAAAUAAAACUGUACAAAAUGAUCAAUAUUUGACUUAGCCCGCCAAUGCAGUUGCACAGAUCUUUUUUGCGUCCUGUAGAAAAUGAUAAUUGCUUAUUGUCGCCAGAACCCUAUUAAUUUUCCGGCUUGCGAUCUUCCUCGAGCGCCCGAAAAGUAAUAAAUUGAUAAUGAUAAUAAUGGAUUUGCACAUAUAGAUAUAAUCGUGUGGAUCACAAAUCAUGAAAGAGCGAAGUUGUGAUCGCCACAAGAGUGAAUUAGUCUCUGAAACGCACGUGUUGUGCACACGAGUAGCCACUUGGAAAAUGUCUUGAACAGUAUUAAAAAACUGCUCGAACGUACAGAAGAACUUACGAUCGAGAUCUGACCAAACAGCAGGAUCAGCCAAAGAGGUUAAAGAGCGGGUUUUGUAUUACUAACUGGCUAGCGGUGUUACAUCGAGUCUUCGUGCCAUCUUUCUGGACACAACAGCUUGUCACUAGAAACGUUUACUGCGUGUGUUGUUGAGUUUUCAGUGUUCUCUGGUAAAACUUUACGGGUAAACAAAUGUGUCACUUUUUCUGCAGCAACAGCAGAGUCCCUUCACAUCUUAAAUUUUUAUCGAAUUGGACAUAAGGUUGGACGUAUUAUUGGCUUACAUAAAACCAAAAUUAGUUUUCAAGUAUCCACAAGUGAAUCAUUUGUGUAACUCUUGGAAUGAUUAUCGUAUUGUAAACGAUGCAGAACAAACGCUCAUACUGAAUCAAGUGCAGAUCACUAACAUUUCUUAAAAGUCUUCGCAUUGAGUUUAGUCUCAUUCUCUCUUUGCAAAGUUAUCA